AUGGACCCGGAGACAAAACAGGCGGCGUAUCACAGCUCCGCGUACAACGCGGCAGGCGGGGCAAUCAUGAGCUUCACCCCCAUAAAGCAAAUUCACCAGCAUAUAUGUGCUUUCCACGUAUACUCACAUGACCACUCCCGCCAUGUUCGUGCGGACCAUUUUUGCACGCAUUUGAACCAUGAGUUUCAUCAAUGUGUCAUUUACGACUCCGAUAAGCCUGAUGCCAGACUCAUCGGUAUCGAGUACAUCAUAUCCGAGAAGAUCUUCGAGUCUCUGCCUGUGGACGAGAAGAAGUUCUGGCACUCUCAUAAAUACGAGGUAGAGAGCGGUCUCCUGCAGCUCGCUCCGAAAUCGUUCGUGCCAGGCGCUGCGAUAGACCUGGCUGAGCAGCCAGCAAUGAUACAGCUGCAGAAGACCUACGGCAAGACGAUCCACACAUGGCAAUAUGACAUCCAUCCAGAUCUUCCUCUUGGCCCUCCUACGCUUAUGACCUCAUACACGCGUGACGGUCAGGGACCUCCUGAGGACAUGGUGAAGAAGAGAGAUGAGGAGACGGGUCAAGAUACCUCGGUGAAGAAGGAAGUCCGCAAGGGAUACCUGCCCCCUUAUGAGACCAUGGUAGGAAGCUCGGACUCGCUGCAGGAGGGCGGGCGUGGGAUUGUGUUUGAGGUAAAGGAAGUGUCAGCGAAGAAUUGGCCUUAA